CAGCGUCACAGCCCCCACCCCACAAAGAGAUAGGCGGAUAGCGUCUCUCCCCAAUCCUCCCGCCGCGGCGCCGCGCCUUCCCCUCCCUCCUUCCUCCGUCCCAUGCUCCGCCGCUGACACGUUGGCCCGACUCAACCUUCCGAUGGCCGCCGCCGCCUCCGCCACCGCCAUCUCCGGCGUCGUGCUUCCCCACGCCUUCCUAUCCCACCGGUCGCCGCCGCCGCAGGUCCUAGCCGUGGCCUCCUCAUUCCGCCGGCUCUCCCUGUGCGCUUCCCCUCGCCGGACCACCCACAUAAUCGCGCGCGCUGACGCCAGUGCCGAAGCCGGAGAACCGGAGACUGAGGAGCCUGUCACUUCCUCAGCUGAAUCCGAAGAAGAGGUGGCCGAGGGGGCUGUCGCUGUGGCGGAGGCCGAGGAAGAGGAGGCAGAGGAACCGCCGCCGCCGAGCAAGCCGAAGGUUAAGUUCGGCGAAAUAAUUGGGAUUCUGAAUAAGCAGUUUAUUGAGGAGGCUGAGAAGGUGAAGACAGUACCAGAUCUGAGGCCUGGCGAUAUCAUUGAGCUUAGGAUGCAACGGCCCAACAAGAGGAGAUUGUCACUCUUUAAGGGUAUAAUCAUCGCAAAGCACAAAGCUGGUGUUCACACCACAAUCCGUGUCAGAAGGAUCAUUGCUGGUGUAGGAGUUGAGAUUACCUUCCCAGUGUACUCACCCAGGAUCAAGGAGAUCACGGUAAUCAGGCACAGGAAAGUGAGGAGAGCAAAGUUGUACUACCUGAAAGACAAGCUUCCCCGCUUUUCAACCUUCAAGUGACAUCAGAUCUGCUGACAGAACAUCUUCUUCCACCACCAUUUCGAUUUCUCUUAGAAAACCUUUUUUUCACUUCCCUGUCCAAAUCAGCGCAUUUCACUGUAAUUCUCAGAUAUCAGAUGUGUAAUGUCUACUACAGCUUUAUAACAUAUACUACUUGGCUUGCAAUGCAAUGCUUCUUUGUCGUCUUGUACAAAAUUCGUACUAAGGCCUUGUUAUUAUGAAUUUAAUUGCAUCCUUUUAUGAGGAUCAUGGGGACUCAA